AUGUCUUUAACCCUAUAUGCUUUACUGUAUGAGAAAAAUACAGAUGUAAUUGACGAUCUGUUGAACGGUGAUGUUUGCAGUGAUGGGGUGAAAUGUACACCCUUGAUAGCAGCGGCACGACAUGGUCGCGAGAGUGCCGUCAGAAUAUUAUUAGAAAAGUUCAGACCACCAGUCAGACUUGAAACCGAAGGCACAGUUAAAUUUGACGAAUACGUUAUUGAAGGAGCGACAGCAUUAUGGUGUGCAGCAGGAGCCGGUCACCUCGGUAUAGUGAAACGUCUAGUCCGUGGCGGCGCCAACGUCAACCAUGCGACGAGAACGUUAAGCACACCACUCAGAGCCGCCUGUUUCGAUGGGCGGCUGGACAUUGUAAAGUACCUCGUCCGACACGGAGCCGACAUACAUAAGGCCAACAAAUAUAAUAACACAUGUUUGAUGAUAGCAGCUUAUAAAGGACAUUUGGAUGUGGUUCAGUUCCUCUUAGACAGUGGCGCUCGAGUCGACGAGCGCGCACUAUGUGGCGCCACAGCGUUGCACUUUGCAGCCGAAUGUGGCCACGCCGCCGUCGUAUGCGCACUCAUCGACCACAACGCCAAGAUUCUCACAAACGAGAAUGGUAUGACCCCGCUGCAAUGCGCGGCGGAGCGUGCGCGGGCGUCCGUGGUGGAGAUAUUGGCUGCACGGCCCGAAGUCUCCCGAGCACAAGCCAUAGAGGCCUACGAGCUGCUAGGGGCUUCCUUUGCGAAUGACAAGGAGUACUACUGUCUCAGAAUGGCAUAUCAGUACCUGCACAGAGCGAUGGCGAUGCGAUACGACACAAGAUAUGGAUUACUGCUCAAAAAACCCGCCGAACCCAUACCUGCGUAUGAUAAUUGGAAAGAAAGUACAACCAUAGAGGAGGUGGAAGCUCUAGUGGGCAACUCGCACGCUCUCCACAUGGAAGGUCUGGCGGUGCGCGAGCGCGUGCUGGGCAAGCGCUGCCCCGACCUGCCGCACCCCAUCGUGUUCCGCGGCGCCGUGUUCGCGGACGAGGCGCGCUUCGACAAGUGCCUUGCGCUCUGGAGACAUGCGCUUGCGCUUCGACAACACAACGAGGUGUCGGUAGUCAAAGAUCUGCUGCGAUUCGCACAAGUAUUUUCUCAAAUGAUCCACAUUGGAAUAGAACUACCACUUGUUCAGGUUUGUUUUGUAUUGGAAGCGUGUGCAGAGGAAUUACAUCGUGGCACUAAGCGGUUGGAGAAGCCACAAGCUAACCACGACCCAGAGUCUCUAGUAGAGGAGUACGAGAGCAACGUGAGAACAGCUCUCUACCUUGUGGCUGUGGCUGCCAGACUGCUAGAGAACGAUGGGAAUAGUGAGGACACCCAAAGGUCCGUUCGUCGUGCGAUCUUCGGCCUGCGCAAAGUGCGUCUGCACAAUGGACAAACUCUUUUGCAUUUAGCGGCGGACAGGCGGACACCAGUCGACGACUUCCACACCAGCGACGUGUGCCAGUUCCCGUGCAUGCGCACGACGCGUCUGCUGCUGGAGUGCGGCGUGGCGGUGGACGCCAUCGACGAGCUGCGCCGAACUGCACUGCACCAGGCGCUCAUCUCCUAUCAGCUGAUACCAGACGAACGCGAGCAGUGGAGCGAGGCGCUGCGGGGCGUCGUGUGUGAGCUGCUGGCUCGUGGCGCUCACGUCGACGCCGUGGACGCUAAUGGGAUCACACCGCUUCUCGCUUCAACUGGUGGUCCGGCGGAGCUGAUAGUGCGGUCGGCGCUGCGGCCGCGCCUGUCGUGCCUGGCGGCGGGCGCGCUGGCGCGGGCGGGCGCGCGCUACCGGCCCGCGCACGUGCCGCGCGACCUGCACGCCUUCCUCGCCAUGCACGGCGUGCGCGCCCACCGCGAGCCGCCGCCCCGACCCGACACCUACGCGAUAUACUCCGCAGAACUUUCUAAUCUCUACUGA